AUGGCCCGCAGCUGCUUCAGCAGCCACUCCUGUCACGAAUUGACACACGUUUGCUCCACCUGUCAACCUACGCCUCGUUAUCCUUCCAAGGUGUGCCGGCCUGGCGUGACGCCUAACCUUCAAGCUGGUCUCAUUCAGCCGGUCUGCCGUUUGAAUUCGCUCGUCAAAUCCACGUCCUCGCUGUCUGCGACCCGUUUGAGAAGAUCGCGAGGGCAAUCCGGCAGGAAAGCAAUCGCGAAAUCCGUGCAGGCAGCAGCACGGUCAGAAACAGUGGCAUCAGCAAAGCGAACAUCUGCAGCAGCAGCAGAACCCCCACCACCAGCACCACAAGCAGCAGCAGCAGCAGCAACAGCAGUAGCAUCUGCUCGUGUGACGUCAGCAGCAGGCACACUGCUGCUUGCGGCAUCGGCAGCGCUCACAGCAGCGGCAGCAGCUCCAGCGGCAGCUCUCGCAGCGAUUCAACUGGAAGUAUCCCAAUUGGGUGCGUUACAACUGGAAGCGUUACAAGUGGGACACACGGCUGCAGACACAGUUGGUACAGCCGUGACUGAAGCUGCAGCAGCAGCAGCUGACACACUGGCAGCCGCAGCCCCACAAACAACAGCAGCAGCAGGAGCAGCAGGAGCAGCAGCAGAAUCAGUUAUGGGAUCCAUUACGGCCGUGCUGGCAGGCUUGCCGUCCAUGGGGUUUGGCAUCGGGCUGUCGCCUCAAGUCGGCAUCGCACUCGCUCUCACUCUCGUUGGCAGCCUCAGCACGGCUCUUGGCGGUGCUCUCGUGGUGCUUCAAGCUGUGCCUGAUAUCAAGCGGCUAGGCCUCCUGCAGGGCUUCGCCAGCGGGCUCAUGCUGAGCCUCACGUUCUUUGAUCUCGUGCCCGAAGCAAUCGAGACCAUCGGCUUUCCUGCUGCCAACCUAUGGUUCUUUGGAGGAGCGCUUCUCUUCGCAACUGUUGUACACUUUGUUCCCGAGCCUUCCCUCGCACCCGAGCCAUCUGUAAAUCCUGCGCCAUCGUCCGAACCUCUAUUGAAAUACGCAUCCGGUCCCGUAUCCGAACCUACGUCCAAGCCUGCAUCCCAACGUACGUCCGAACCAUUCACGGAGAGGCAACGGACAGAUCAACCUAUUCAACCAUCAGCUGUAGCACCAGCUGCAACAGCACCAGCAGAAGCAACAGCAGCAGUACCACCAGCACCACCGGCAGCAGCACUGGCACCAACACUAACACCACCACCACCAGACUCACCACCUCCCCUCAUCCGGAAACAAACACUCGCUCGACUCAAUUCCCCCUCCGCCUCCUCCUCCUCUUCCUUCUACCUCCCUUCCUCCCUCUCCUCCCUAGAUCUGACCCAACCCUUAGGCUCGGAAAGCCCUGACUCGGACCCGAACCAAGCCUCAGGUUUGGCAAGAGCUGGUCAGGUGGAGCAUCCGAACCUGGUCCGAGGCUUGGGCUCGGACAGCUACAGGGACAUUCAUGUGGAGCAUUGGCUUAGUGGGAUCAAAAGUAGCGGGUGGGAUAGCCGAGAUGGGAAUACUGGCGAUUCUCAAGUGGGUGAGGGGCGAGACAGAGGGGUGGACGGGGAGGGGGAGGAGAGACGGAGAUUAAAGGAUGUGGCAGAUGAGAAGGAAGCAGAGGUGGGGGAACGGGAGAUGCAGAGGCGGCGGCAAGCGGUGCUGUGGAGUGGAGUAAUCACAGCCUUGGGCAUCAGCCUGCACAACUUCCCUGAAGGCAUCGCUGUGUUCCUGGGCUCCAUGAAGGGUCUGCGGGUGGGAAUCAGCCUAGCAGUGGCCAUCGCAUUACACAACAUCCCUGAGGGCCUCGCAGUCGCCCUCCCCAUCUACUUCGGCACUCGAAGCCGCUGGGCCGCCUUUCGAGCCGCGGCUCUCUCGGGGGCUGCAGAGCCCCUGGGGGUUGUCUUUGUGGCCCUCUUCUUCCCCGCCUCGCUCGCCCCUGAUAUUAUUGAAGGGCUGCUCGCUGGUGGUACGUGCUCUGCUCUCUCCUCCCCUCUCGCCACCCUCUUCAUUACCCCCUUCUCCACUCCUGCUGGCUUGUGCAUCCCUAUGUGUCCCUCUCCAUCCUUCUCCAUCCCUCUCCAUCCCAUUCUAUCUAUCUGCACCCCCUGCCAUCCUUCUCCAUCCCUCUCCAUCUCUCUCCAUCCCUCUCCAUUCCUCUGCAUUCCUCUCCAUCCCUCUGCAUUCCUCUGCAUUCCUCUGAAUGCAGUGGGCGGCAUCAUGGCGUUCCUAGUGCUGCACGAGAUGCUGCCUCUGGCCUUUGAGUACGCGGGGCAUCGCAGGGCAGUGCAGGCCAUGUUCCUCGGCAUGGCAGUCAUGUCCGCCAAUCUGCACCUUCUAGCACUCUCCCUCCCACCGGACAUCUCUUUGUGA